AUGCGGCCCGCCAAAAGAAUUCAUGCGACUCGCCAAAGAGUUCAUGCGACUCUCCAAAAGAAUUCAUACUCGCCAAAAGAAUUCAUGCGGACUCGCCAAAGAAUCAAUGCGACUCAUAAAAGAAUUCAUGCGGCCGCCAAAAAGGUUCAUGCGACUCGCCAAAAGACCAUGCGACUCGCCAAAAGAAUUCAUGCGACUCAUAAAAAGCACAAAGAAUUACGCGGCCCGCCAAAAGAAUUCAUGCGACUCGCCAAAGAAAUCAAGAAUUCAGCGGUUCGCCAAAAGAAUUCAUGCGGCCCGCCAAAAGAAUUCAUGCGACUCGCCAAAGAAUUCAUGCGACUCGCCAAAAAAUUGUUCAUACGGCCCGAAAAAAGAAUUCAUGCGACUCGCCAAAAAGAAUUUCAUACGACUCGCCAAAGAGUUCAUGCGGCCCCAAAAGAAUUCAUGCGACUCGCCAAAGAUUCAUGCGACUCGCCAAAAGAAUUCGCCGACUCGCCAAAGAAUUCAUGCGACUCGCCAAAAGAAUUCAUGGGACUCGAAAAAGAGUUCAUGCGACCCAAAAGAAUUCAUGCGGCCCGCCAAAAGAAUUCAUGCGACUCGGCAAAAGAAUUCAUGCGACUCGCCAAAGAUGCGACUCGCCAAAAGAAAGAAUUCAUGCGACCCAUAAAAGAAUUCAUGCUCGCCAAAAUAAUUCACAUGCGACUCGCCAAAAGAAUUCAUGCGACUCGCCAAAAGAGUUCAUGCGGCCCGCCAAAAGAAUUCAUGCGACUCGCCAAAGAAUUCAAAAGAAUUCAUGCGACUCGCCAAAGAAUUCAUGCGCCAAAAGACAUGCGGCCGCCGUUUGCGACUCGCCAAAAGAAUUCAUGCGGGCUCGCCAAAGAAUUCAUGCGACCCGCCAAAAGAAUUCAUGCGACUCGCCAAAAGAAUUCAUACGGACUCGCCAAAAGAAUUCAUGCGACUCGCCAAAAAAGAAUUCAUGCGACCUGCCAAAGAAUUCAUGCGGCCCAUGCGACUCGCCAAAAGAAUUCAUGCAAGAGUUCAUGCUACUCGCCAAAAGAAUUCAUGCGACUCAUAAAAAGCCAAAGAAUUCAUGGCUCGCGAAAAGAAUUCAUGCGACGCGACUCGCCAAAAAGAGUUCAUGCGGCCCGCAUGCAAAAGAAUUCAUGCGACUCGCCAAAAGAAUUCAUGCGCCAAAAAAAAUUCAUGCCAAAAGAAUUUCAUGCACCAACAAAAGAGUUCAUGGCCCGGCAAUUCAUGCGACUCGGCAAAAGCCAAAAAAUUCAUGCGACUCGCCAAAGAAUUCAUGCGACUCGCCAAAAGAAUUCAUGCGACUCGCCAAAAGAGUUCAUGCAGCCCGCAAAAGAAUUCAUGCGACUCAUAAAAGAGUUCAUGCGACUCGCGAAAAGAAUUCAUACGGGACUCGCCAAAAUUCAUGCAAAAAUUCAUGCGCCGAAAGAAAUCGCUCAAAAAAGUUCAUGCGGCCAUACGCCAAAAAGAAUUCAUGCGACUAGCAAAAAGAAUUCAUGCGACUCGCCAAAAGAAUUCAUGCGAAUCAUAAAAAAAUUCAUGCGGCCCGCCAAAGAAUUCAUGCGGUCGCCAAAAGAAUUCGUGCGACCGCCAAAAAAGAAUUCAUGCGACUCAUAA